AUGGCUCCAAAAUGUCAUGAAGAAACUCCAUCAUAUGAUAUAUCCGAUUACGAAGAUGCAAAUUUCCAAGAACUAUUCGAGGUCCCAUUAUUAGACCAACAACCAUCACCUCAAUCAUAUGUAGCAGCAAUUCUAAAAAUCAAUGAUUCACAAACAGAACUUCGGAUUUCGAAAUAUCCUAACUUGAGAGUUCCUUGUUUUUGGAACGAAACUCGACAUAUUGAGGAAUCAGAAGCAAGUUCUGAUUCGAGGAUUAUCGUUACGGUGUUGUACACUAUCCACGACGCUGAUGGUAGUCAAUUAGAUCAAGCAUAUCAUGAACAUGUUUGUGAAGUUGUGAGUUAUAAUUUUAUUGAUCAGUUGAAACAAAAAAUUGAAGCAGAUGGUAAGAUUUGGAUAGAUGAAGAUUGGUAUUCCCUAUAA